AUGACGGCUCCGCUCGGGCUCCCCCCGCGCUGGCCGGAGCCGCUCGGCUGCCGCUGCGAGGACGCCCCGCGGGAGAAGCCGCGCAUGGAGAGCUUGGGCCACUGCCGGGAGACUUUGGGCCACUGCCGGGAGAGCCUGGGCCACUGCCGGGAGAGCCUGGGCCACUGUCGCGACAUGCUGCCGCACGCCGGGCCGGCCGCGCCCCCGGCCGAGGGAGCGGCGUUCGCGGAGCUGGCGAGCGCGGAGCCGGCGCGGCAAUGCCCGUCGGGGCCGCCGGCGCUGGGCUACGGCUACCCCGCCUUCGGCGCGGGCUACUACGGCUGCCGCCUGAACCUGCAGCAGAAGCCCUGCGGCUACCACCCUCCCGACAAGUUCGCCGAGGCGGGCGGCUCGCUGGCGGGCGAGGAGCUGCCGGCGCGGGCCAAGGAGUUCGCCGCCUUCUACCCGGGCUUCCCGGGCUCGUACCAGGCCGUGCCGGGCUACUUGGACGUGUCGGUGGUGCCGGCGCUGGGCGCGCACCCGGAGCCGCGGCACGAGGCUUUGCUUCCCAUGGAAGGCUACCAGCCCUGGGCGCUGGCCAACGGCUGGGACGGGCAAGUGUACUGCUCCAAGGAGCAGCCGCAGCCCGCGCACCUCUGGAAGUCGCCCUUCCCAGACGUGGUCCCGCUGCAGCCCGAGGGCAGCAGCUUCCGCCGGGGCCGCAAGAAGCGCGUCCCGUACUCCAAGGUGCAGCUGAAGGAGCUGGAGAAGGAGUACGCGGCGAGUAAAUUCAUCACCAAAGAGAAGCGGCGCCGCAUCUCGGCCAGCACCAACCUGUCCGAGCGCCAGGUCACCAUCUGGUUCCAGAACCGCCGCGUCAAGGAGAAGAAGGGGGUGAGCAAAGCCAAGCCCGGGCACCUGCACAACACCUGA